AUGUUUCUGACCACCUGUAGUCAGCGUUCUCGAGCUUCCAGGGUGCGACAGCAUGUCCACUGUGACUCCUGCUACAGCCGGCGCUGCAGGGCUCGGGUGGAGGUCUCUGUGUGCUGUGCGUUCAUCCCCUGCCGCCUGCACUGUGGAGCUCUCUUCCAUCUUUGUAAAGAGGAGGAUCACCUGCUGCUCUGCCCUAAUGUGAGGGUGCCCUGCCUCAAUGCUGAGUACGGCUGCCCACUCCACCUGCCACGCUCCUCGCAGGCAGCUCACCUCCAGGUGUGUCCGGCCAGCGUAGUGUGUUGCUCCAUGGAGUGGAACCGAUGGCCGGCCAACGACGCCCAUUCUUAUCCAAACACAGAGCUGCAUGAAAACCUGCUCGGGGAAAGACAGCAGGGAAGAUGUCUGGACUUGGCCAUGGCCCUGAAAGACCAGGACCUCCUAUUUCACUCCAUGAAGAUGAGAAAACUGUUCCCAGAGCUGAUCCAGAGUGUGGAGGAGGACGAGAAAGAGAAAGAGGAAGAGAGGAAGGAAGAGAGGAGGAAGAAGAAGCGGAAGGAGGAGGCAGCAGAAAAGGCAGCUGCAAAGGAAGCCAGUGGUAAAACUUGGGAGUCUUUUAACAUAUUCGACAUACACACCCCUGGUGAAAAAGAAGAUGAGGAUGAAGAUGAGGUUGACGUUGAGCAGGAGCAGGAGCAGGAGCAGGAGCUAACCCAGGAGGAGAGAGAGAUUAUUGCAAGGGAAACAGGAGUGGAUGCUAAUCUGUUGGAAAACUACAAGGCCUGGGAGCGCAUGUUCACUAUGGAGAUGGGAGGCUGCAGGAAAGCUGGAGAGGCCGCUAUGGCAGCCAGAGACCAGGGGCUUUCUGAAGGGGGAAGAGAAGGCCUGGCCACUGUGACAGAAGAAGAUUCAUCAGAUACCUGUACGGACUCCUCAGCAUCAAACACCUGCCAAAAGGGGAGCAGUGCAUGCAUCGCUUCCUCUACAUCCUCCUCCUCUUGUCUCGCUGAAAAGCUGAAGAAAAAGGAAUUUGUGUACGGACACGUGGAGCCCAUGAAGAUUAUCACUGUGCGUACCUUUAAAACCCCAACCAGCUUCUCUGCCAGGCAGUCCCGCAUCCGCAACCCUAGUUUCUACAAGAGGGAGAAUCGGGCUGUGGAUACCAGCGACCUGGGGGUCAAGCUAGAGGAGAUGCCAGUGUGGGAGGAAGUUCAGGCCUCUCUGCUGUGCUCCCUGGAGAAGGAACAAAGGGGUCACCUCAUUGCAGAGAGCGUAUGCACAGAUGGUCUGUUACAAGAUGAAGGCACACAGACCUACAACUUCUUGUCUGCUCCUUUCAUGAGAAAAACGUCGCUCGCUGACCUGACCGCUGCAAAACCGCUGGAGCUGCACCUUCAGCUGCAGGUGGAGAGCGUCACCAGUCGGCACCACAAGGCCAGCUCUGCCUUCACUUUCCUCUGUGGACACACCUUCCAGCGCAGAGAAUAUGGCAAACAUUAUAAGAACAUCCACAGUGACAUCCAGAUGGGUGUGAAUGGAUGGUUCGAGCAGAGAUGCCCCCUGGCGUACCUGGGAUGCACCUACAGCCAGAGGAGGUUGCGGCCCUUAACUCAUGAAGCCACAGUCUCCUACAACAAGGACCUGGGCUGCUUUAGCCUGCAUCCCACCAUCCCUGCUUCUUUGUGUGAUGCUUCCGAGCCGUCCAGGAGCUCAGUAGACUCCUCCACCACUCAGAGGAAGAGAGGAGGUCAGGGAGGAGGCCGAGAGGACUCUCUGAGCUCGCUGCCCUAUGAGGUGCUGCUCCACAUGGGUAGCUUCCUGGACAGUCUGUCCCUGUCCCAGCUGGCUCUGGUGUCCCAGCUGAUGAGGCAGGUGUGCUCCUCUCUGCUGCAGGAGAGAGGGAUGGUCACCCUCCGCUGGGAGAAGAAGACCUACUCACACGGAGGAGUCAAGUGGAGGGUGAAGCAGACAGUUUGGCAGUUCAGCACUUUGUUCUCUCCUGUGGACGAUUGGUGCUUCAAAAACAUCCCGUCCAUGUCAGAGCACCUAAAGGUUUGUCCCUGCUAUGAGAGAGAGUCCAGAACAGAGAAGAUUCAUCUGCCACGCGUCAGAGAAGAGGAGGUCCGAACCAAGACGAGCUGUGAAGGUCCCACUCUGGUUACCUUGUUCCAGCAGAAGAGGAUCAUGAUGUAG